AUGAUAUUCUUGCGUCAUCAUCUUGAUGAGAUUCUGAAAAUCGAAUAUCUGACAGUUAAUGAUCCACUUGUUUUGUGGAAAAACCUAAAAGAAAGAUUUGACCACUUGAAGAUGGUCAUACAUCCAAAGGCACGAUAUGAUUGGAUGCAUCUAAGGCUACAAGACUUUAAGUCUAUACAUGAGUAUAAUUCUGCCAUGUUCAGAAUCACUUCUCAAUUGAAAUUAUGUGGAGAAACGGUUAGUGAGAUUGAUAUGAUGGAAAAGACGUUCUCCACUUUCCAUGCCUCGAAUGUGCUCUUGCAGCAACAAUAUCGAGAGAAAGUGAAUGAGGCGUACGCCCACCAUGCUAGGCGUGGAAAAGGUCGCGGUCCUAAUCGUGGUCGUGGACGUGGACGUGGUCGUGGUCGUGAUUAUGGUCAAGAACGUAAUUCUAUUCCUGGCAUUAAUCAUUCAUCAAAUAAAAAGGAAAAAAGAAAGGAUGAGAAACGUGAAGCAACUAGGGAAGGUUGUUUUCGAUGUGGUGGAAGAGGUCAUUAUGCACGUGAUUGUCGUACUCCCAAACACUUGGUUGAGCUUUAUCAAGAAUCACUAAAGAAGAAAGAAAAAAAUCCUGAGUCAAAUUUUAUCUCUGAAAAUCAAGUUGACAUCACGCACUUGGAUGUAGCAGAUUUCUUCGCACAUCCUGAAGGAAAAAUAGAUCACUUAAUUGGUGAUGGUUCUGUGAACAUGGAAGAGUGA